CAGGAACAUUUGCUCAUCUUCACAUGACUGCUGGAUGUUGAGUAGCUCAGCAUAUAAAUAAAUCAGUCUUCUCCAUACUGUCAAUUUCUCCUCAUUUGUCACAACAUUCACGAUCUUACAAGAUUCUAUCUUGUCCAUUCUUCAUCGUCUAGCAUCAUCAUGGCUGCUCCCUCGGACAUCACUCUCCAGAACCUCAAUGGAAAGUAUACCAUGAACAAAACCCUGUCCAGUGACACUGACGCCAUCCUAUCACUUCAAGGCAUCGGCUGGGUUACGCGUAGAGUAAUCGGCCUGGCAACAAUCACCCUCCACAUCAAGGAAUAUGUCGAACCAAACAAUGAUGACCCCGCCAACGCGCCUGCCACCAAGAUUGACAUUGGGCAAUUCCUCACUGGCGGAAUAGAGGCGUCCCCAGAAUACCGUAUCACCGACUGGCGCGCUCGUGAGCAUGAUGAUAGAAUUUUUGGCAAGAUCGUGGGCCAGAGUCGUUUAAUUCGUGGCUCAAAGGGUGCUGAUGGCAAAGUCCGCCCGGAUUUUGGAUUGGAGACUACGCCCAGGGAGGACAAGAUUGCCAAGUUCCUCCGCGGUGAGAUUACGAUUGAUGGUGAGGAGGAUCCUAAUGGAUUUCUUGUCGACGAUGUGAAGGACAAGGAUGGUCUCGUUUACGGGGAUGGCGAGGGUCUGUGGUUGCACAAUUGGGUAAGGAGUUUGAACAGUGGCUGGACCGCUGAGCAAAUCUGGGGCUUCGAAACCAUCAGCGGCCAACGCUAUUACACUCGUCGCGUUGUUGUCGCAGACAAAAAUGGCAAAUACCUGCUUGGGCGUCUAGUCUAUGACUACCUCGGCCCCUUGGAGUAGAUGAAGACACUAGGGGGAUUGUGUGUCUUCUUUCUUACAAAGACAUGUUUAAGCGCGCAGCGACAUCACACGUACUUGCACUCUAAAUAGUAGAUCAUGCUUGAUAUUGCCGGCCUACUUUAGUCGAUUAGAUACCAAUGCAUUCAUAAAUUGGAUUGAAUUUUGUU